AUGGAGCCAGACUUUAGUGACGGAACAGUCCCUCUGGAUGACGCUUUUGCGGAGGUCGUUGAGUUUCAUGGUCGAAUGUACCAAAAGUAUGCCUUAUCUAACAGGACAUAUUUCUCACCGGUGGAUGAGAGAGAGACAGCGCGGCUCGAGCAAAUGCAUCGUAUCUUUAACCAAGUGUUCGACAAUCGGCUGAUAUUCCCCCCCGUUGCCUCUCCGCGCAGAGUUCUUGACCUCGGCUGCGGAGGCGGUGAUUGGGCAUCAGCCGUAGCUGAAGAACUUCCGAGAGCGUCGGUCCUGGGAAUCGAUGCCAGUCCACAUAUGUUGCCGGAAGAUCCCCCAGACAACCUCGAGUUACAAGUAGACGAUUUGAACGCAAGAUUCACAUUCCAAUCGGAUCGAUACGAUAUUGCCCAUAGUCAAAUGGUUGCAGGAGGGAUCCAUGCAGAUCGCUGGGAGAGCUAUAUUCGGGACAUAUUUCGUGUCCUCAAACCGGACGGGUGGUGUCAGAUGGUCGAGAUAUAUUUCAACGCUCAAUCCGACAAUGGAAGAUUAACUCGGGACCAUGCACUCUCGAAAUGGUCAAGAAAUUACUUGCAAGGAGUACAGCCGUAUAAGAAUCCCCGGGCUCCAUUACAAAUCGCCAACUGGAUGCGCAAUGCCGGCUUCACGGAGGUUGAGUCGAAACUGCUGGUACUCCCCAUGUGCGGCUGGUCAAGCAGUAAGUUCCCGGUGCCAUGA